AUGGCCGAGUGUGCCGCAAAUAGCAAAGGCUGGGCUAGAAUACCCAGGUUGACCGACUCGAUCGACCCUCAAGGUCACCUUGAUAACUUCGUCCUCGCGCCAACUCAGCAGAAUUGGUCCACAAGAUCUACAGAUACUCAAUCUUCAACUGCGCCGCAGUUGCUCCCAGCAAGGUUGGUGGCCCUCAUGCUCGCUGAUGUCCUGCCAAAGACCCUCAAAGCGGCCAAGAACACAGGUCAUAAUGAGAGCUUUAUUGCUUCGGACACCAGUGUUGAUGCUGGAAGAGGCGCCGUCGUGAGGCCUGCUCGCACAGGAAGGCGUCCGAUACUCCUGGAGAAUAUAUCGGACACGAGUGUCAUUUCAUCGCAUAUAUCUUUUUCUUUCAAAAAUGUGAGACACUUCGAGACCCCACGAGAUGACCAUCUUUCAGUAGUGAGAGGGCUUCCCACAGCAAGACUGCCUUUGUCGUAUCAGAACAUGGCAGGCCCUCGAUGUCUUGGCACGAUGACAUACACUCCGCUUAUGAUGGCUACAUUGGCAUCUCCUAGUCAUCCCAGAUCCCCGGCCAGAAUGCCGCGCAAAUGGGCUCGCAAAUGUGAACGAUACUGCUGCCUCGGGGCUACCUACUUUCCCCUCGUCUUCGUGUACGCUCUAACAAGUUGGGCGUUGUGGGUUGAGGCUACGAUAGGAUUCCUGCAGACCAAGGGUACUUGGACGGGGAAUGGUACAUCUUUACUCGGAAUCGCUCUAUACAUCCUCCUCAACUGGUCAUACACCACAGCCGUCUUUACGAACCCAGGGACUACAGUCAGUACAAGUGGCUAUAGCUCUCUCCCUACGAAUGCGCCACCUGCGGCUACGAACUUCACGGUCAAGGCGAAUGGCGAGGUACGAUUCUGCAAGAAGUGCCAGGCGCGAAAGCCGGAUCGAGCGCAUCAUUGCUCCACGUGCAAGACUUGCGUGUUGAAGAUGGAUCAUCAUUGCCCAUGGCUAGCAACCUGCGUUGGGCUACGAAACUACAAGGCAUUCCUGCUCUUCCUCAUCUACACCACUCUUUUCUGCUUCCUCUGCUUCGGGGUUUCGGGGUACUGGGCUUACAGGGAGAUCUUGACAGAGGGAGAGUAUACGGAUGCGCUGAUGCCAGUCAAUUACGUGAUGCUCGCUGUGAUCUCGGGGAUCAUCGGGUUGAUUCUGGCAGGGUUCACCGGGUGGCAUAUUUUGCUUGCUUCGAGGGGACAGACGACGAUCGAGUGUUUGGAGACGACGAGGUAUCUUUCUCCGCUGCGUAAGCAACAACCACCUAUCUCGCAAACGAGCUACGAGCAGCAACAGAGAGAUAUGAAUGGGGAUGGUGGGGGCCAACGACACGAAUCUUACGAUGCGUUGGAGCGAUUUAGAGCGAGAGAGAGGUACGAGGCAUAUCUCGACGAACAGGAUUCAGAUAAAUUACCAAGCGCUUUCGACCUUGGGAGGAGAAAAAAUUUCGCCCAUCUGUUUGGCCCAAACAAGCUGCUGUGGUUCUUCCCCAUCUGCAAUACAACCGGGGAUGGGUGGACCUGGGAGGCGAGCCCGAAGUGGCUGGAAGCACGGGAAAGGAUAGCGAGGGAGAGAUACGAACAGCAGCAGAGGGAACAUGCCGCUGGGUGGGGAAUCGAUCCCUCGUCCCACAAUCCGCCUGUUCGAAAUGGCGCGGGUCGACAUUACGUUUCGUACCCGAACAGGACGCAGUCCAAAGCCGACAGACUAUUGGGGAGGAAUCCGGACGAUUAUACUGAUGAGGCGGUUCCUAUGAACACACUCCGUUCGCGAGACCCAGAGGAUCAGUACGAUAUCAGCAGCGAUGAAGAUGAGGCUGAUAGGAAGGCAUUAGACCUCAAAGCAACUCGUGGGUGGCCGCAAAGGGUUGGUGUUAUGACAAAUACCUUACUAGGAAACACAUUUGCAAGACAGAAGGAAAAUGUGCGGGGCUGGGAUGGCCUGGACGAAGGUGUCGAUUGA